AUGCAAGACACAAGUACCAGCUUCUUCUUCACCAGGUUCCCAAAAUCACAUGGAGCUAAAGAAAUUUACGACAUAUUCAAGAUAUAUAGGGACAUUGAUGAAAUGGUGAUACCAUCAAGGCGAGACAAGAAUGGCAAAAGAUGUGGUUUUGUUAGGUUCUUCCAAGUUUCUGAUGAGACAUCUUUGGUUAUGAAGUUGGACAACAUCUUUGUUAAUGAUGUGAAACUGUUUGUUAAUACUCCAAGAUUUCAAAGGUACAAUCAGGCCUCCAAGAAUGAUGAAGACUCGGGCGGAAACGACCAUGGAAACAAAUACAACCAUAACAUUCAUCCAAGAAUUUUAAUGGAAGAUCCAAAACAUUUGCUGAGGUGGUGA